CCUAAUGAGUUCAGAGACGAGUAACAGUAGUAGAUGGCAACAAUGGCUGCAUAGCAUGCUGAACUUGGAGAAGCAGAGGAGAGACAUUUGGGAGCCAGGUAACAUCUAUAAAGACCAGGUGUUCAACUGAGACAGCAUAUAAGCUUCAAAGGGAGUCACCAUGACUACUGAAGUUUUUGUUUGGCUUUUUUAAUGAUCAAGGGACAUAUCAGUUUUCUUAAUUAAGCAAACAGGCCACUCUGGGUUGUAAACAGCAGGAUUUAAUCGGGGCAACCUUCCCUAAAAGGGAUUUAAUUUGCUAGGUUUCUUGAGCCAUUUACCAUUAGAAAAUCAAAGCAGAGGUUAGGAAGGGGCAUGUCGGCUCCCAGCUCAACCAAAAGGCCACGAGGACGGGGGUAAUUUUAGGUUAAGAUGAAGGCUAGCAAGUAAGAAAAACCAGCUUGUGUGUCUUUUGUGCAUAAAAUUGAAGGCACGUUCAUACCAGAGGGGACUGGAAGUGGCAUCCCGCCAGGACUCUGCAAUUGAUACCUGUGGAGGCGCUGCUUCGUUUAUUCCUCCUUAAUUAUAAUUAUUUUGGGUGGGUGGGAGAAGGAAGGCGGUAAAUAAGCGCAGUAAGUAAUUUACUGCAGCAGCAAACGCGUGUCCUUUAGGAAGCCCUGACACGUGUAUCCCAAACCCUCACGUUACCGUGCCGCCGAGCCGCUGCCCCCCGCGGCUCCGCCUCUCCCGGAACCAGCAAUAAGGCUCCGACACGAGGCAAAAGCCCUUCCCCGCGGGCCCCGCCUCCCGACGAGCCGCAUUUGUCGACGUCUAAACCUGCCGCCCGCUUCCUUCUAGGCCCCGCCGAGGUGCUGCCUUCCGCGGCGCCUGAAGAGGCGCGAAACAAGCGCGAACAAAACAACGCGGGCGCUCCGGAGCAGCGGGAGAGAAGACCCCCUCAAGCGGACCCGCGCGCGGCUCGGCCGACCCCCGUUCAAACGGCGUCGUCCUCCUCCUCGUCAGGCGCCGCGGAGGGCAGCCCCCGGCCGGGAGUCGGCGGGGGUCCUUCCGGGCCGCCGUCGCAGCCGCCUCUAUGAGGCCCUCUUUCCCCCCGCCGGCGGCACCGCUGAGGGAUGUUUGCGUGGAGCUGCCGGCGCUGAGGCUGCCGGCGCCGGGAACGGUUCCAGGGCCUGUCAUGGGGGUGAGCGGCGGGCCCGGAGGCGGCGGCGCCCUGUUCCCUGAGCGGUUUCGUCUGCCGCUCUGCUGCCUGGGCGUCUUCGUCUGCUACUUCUGGUACGGCGUCCUGCAGGAGACAAUGUAAGUUGCCCCGAAGCCGCGCACGACACGCGCCUUUGGCUUUGAGGGGUUGCUUGGUGGCGACCUCAAAGCCGCCGCCUCCUCCUCCCAUAUGCACACGUCUUCUUCCUACCUUCGCAGCGUACCCCCAGUCUCUCUCCACUGACUUGGGGGCGGGGAGCAGUGCCGGAUUUACGUAUAAGCUAAACAAGCUAUGGGACGUGGUCGAAACCACAGAGCCUAGGACUUGCCGAUCAGAAGGUCGGCGGUUCAAAUUCCCGUGACGGGGUGAGCUCCCGUUGCUCGGUCCCAGCUCCUGCCCACCUAGCAGUUCGAAAGCACAUCAAAGUGCAAGUAGAUAAAUAGGUACCACUCCGGUGGGAAGGUAAACAGUGUUUCCGUGCGCUGCUCUGGUUCGCCAGAAGCGACUUAGUCAUGCUGGCCACAUGACCCGGAAGCUGUACGCCGGCUCCCUUGGCCAAUAAAGUGAGAUGAGCGCUGCAACCCCAGAGUCAGCCACGACUGGACCUAAUGGUCAGGGGUCCUUUACCUAUCUUCAGGUAGGGCUGGGAACAUUCCCUGUUUGAAACCCUGGAGAGCCACUGUCACUCUAUGCAGAUGGUACUGAGCAAGAUUAAGCCAAUGGUCUGACUUGGUAUAAGGCAGCUUUCCCUUCUGUUUGGUGGAUUUACUUCUUACGUCUCUUCCAUUUCUUACCCUUGCUGUUUGAGGAGGAGGUUUUGCAUGGGUUGGAUUUUUAUACAGGCACCUCCCCACUUGUGCACGAUCAGCACAAGCGUUCCUGCAGACACACGUGUCAUUUUCAGUGCUGCAAGGGGGCAGAACAGGGGAAUCCCCACUUAGAACAGAACCCCUCUGUGUAGGGAUUCCCCUGUAGAGUGGUACCUCGGGUUACAGAUGCUUCAGGUUACAAACUCUGCUAACCCAGAAAUAGUACCUCGGGUUAAGAACUUUGCUUCAGGAUGAGAACAGAAAUCACGCGACAGCGGUAGUGGGAGGCCCCAUUAGCUAAAGUGGUACCUCAGGUUAAGAACAGUUUCAGGUUAAGAAUGGACCUCCAGAACGAAUUUAAGUUCUUAACCCGAGGUACCACUGAAUUUUACUUGUUAUGAGCUGUUUGAGAGUAUGUGUUUCCUCUCCCUAUGCCUCCCUGCCUCAUUAUCUGGCUUCGAUCUUGUGUCUCCCCUACCUCCUCCACAGUUAAAGCACUUUCAAGAGUUGGGCUGCCCUCCCUAUUCCUUGUAGUGUGUUUCCAAAGCAGCUGUUGUCUCGUGGCCCUGCAAGAAACCACACAAAUCUGAAAAGAGCUACAGUUUGUGUGUUCUCCUGACGGGGACACAAGUGCAACCCAGCAAUUGCAUUCCUGUGCUUUGUUCCCCUCAGUUACCCAUGACUGCAAGGGCGGAAAGAUCCUGAUGCCGUUUGGCUCACUGAAAAGAAGUAAAUGUACCUUGGCCUAUCUCAGAUGUUCAAUCCACCAUAAAACUAGCGCAUGCCUACCCUUUGCUACUGACACAUGCAAAUAAGUUGAGUCGUUUGAUAUCUUUUCCUUUGCAACUGACACUACCCUCUCAAUUUGGUUUUCCUGCAGUACAAGAGGCAAAUAUGGGGAAGGAGCAAAGCAGGAAAAGUUCAGAUAUGCUCUGUCUUUGGUCUUCAUCCAAUGUGUGAUCAAUGCUAUUUUCGCCAAACUGUGUAAGUACUUUUUUAUUUAUUACAACCUUUUUAUUCCACCUUUCCUCCAAGGAGCUCAAGAUUGUAUGUGUGGUUCUCCCCCUAUCCAUUUUAUCUUCACAAGAACUCUGAGGUAUGGUAGGUUCAAAGACUGUGACUGGCCUGAUUUCUCCCAUUGUGGUUCUAUGACUGAGUGGGGAUUUGAACCCUAGCUUCUUGGGUCCUAACCCAAUAUGCUAAACACCACUGUAUUUCCAAAGAAAUUAGUGAUGUGGCUGCUCUGAGCCCUUUGCCUAUCCCUUACUUGUGAAAGUUUUUUGUAAAACCCACCAGGUUUGAAGCACACCCUUUGCAGGAAGGAGUUGCUUUGGCCUGAUCUGAUUAACACCUGCAGCCAGAGAUUUGGCUGGCUGUUUUCAAUCCAGAUAGGAAAUUCAGUUCCCUUUUGAUACCUCUGCAUCACCCUCAUCCGCUUUCUCUGAGGAAGGGAGGAGCGGGUGAAUGAGAAUUCCUGUUGCUUGUGUGCUUUCCUUUCUCUCCCGCCACAUGCCUUUUGGUUUUGAAAAUUCAAAAUAGGGUAGGGGCAAAAAGUCAUGCAGAAGACAUCUCUGUUCCUUUUUUCCCUUUUUCCCCCCAUUCAAAAAUGGCUUCAGAAAGGUAGCAGAAAGUUGUACACUCUUUCAAGUGCAUCCAUUUCCUCAGCACCACUACCAUUGCAGGUGGAAGGGAGAGUUAGUCUUACCAUCAAGCAACUUAACUUAGCCCCCUUUAUCUUCCUCCUUCCCCUCCUUUAAAAAUAUUGGCCUACUGGAUACUCCACAGAGAUUUCCUGCAUGGGGGGGAAACAGCCUAGGGGAGGGUGAUUUGGUCAGGGGAAAAAUGGCUGAGGGGGAAAGGAUUAUGUGCCCUCUAUUGCCUACCAUCCCAGCUGCUGGUGUAAUCAGUUAUACAGGGUUCUGAUGCUGCUGUCUCUUUUUUAAGAGUAUUGUGAGAAAAUUGCAUGUGUAAUGUCUUGUUUGGCUGUAAGAAACAAUACGAAAGACUUUUAGGGUUCUGGUUCCCUCCCCCCUUGAAACAAGUGUUAGAAUGCUGCUGAUUUGCACCAAUGUAUACCUGUGUGGUCCUCCUAGACAAGGCUUUGCCUCUAUUCCAUGUUCAGGUUUUAGAGUUAAGAGGCCUGAGCACCUUAACCUUUUCACCUUCUGCAUAUGAAAGCCAGGGCCAUGCAGCUCUGCCGUUGGUUGGUCUGCUCUUGCUUUGUUGCCAACAUGCCUGUUUCUUUCACCUUUUUCUCCCCCAAUCAGUGAUCCAGUUUUUUGACAGCGUCAAGGUGGAUCGGACACAGAACUGGCUAUACGCAGCUUGCUCUCUCUCCUACCUGGGUGCCAUGGUCUCCAGCAACUCUGCCCUGCAAUUUGUCAACUACCCAACUCAGGUGAAGAAGGGGAGGUUGCUAGUGGGAGCAAGGGGGUUAGCAGGAGAUGAAGAGGGUCUGGGAAAUGGGAUGUCUCCUGCUUUCUGGUGCACAGCUUGGCAACCUUUUCACUGCUGCAUGCAUGAUACCUUAAGCCCAGGGAAUAACAAAGAGAAUAUAUUGAAAGCAGGAUACUAGCUGCAUAAAUGUGGCAGACGUGAUGUUCUUCCAAGAUGGUUCUGAAAUAAUGGUCCUUAAAUGAGACAGGAGUAAUAAGAGGCUCUCAACAGUGUGUGACCCUCCAAGGGGGGGAUAUCAGCAGUAGAACAAACCGUUUUGCCUGCCUUUUUGGUAACUACCUUAGAAGAGUUUGGUGCUUAGAAUCUGCCAAACAAGGCUUGCUCCAGGAUUUGGGGACACCCGUAUUAAAAAGAAAGCAGCCAGACCAGCAUACACCCCACUUCAACAUUCACCCAGAUUCCCCUCGUCUCUCUGCUACAUACACAGGCCCAUGCGCACUUUUUCUUGCAGAGGUUUCUGGGGUCUUUCAUUGUCUGCUCCUUUUCCAGUAAAGUUGGAAGUAGCAUAAGCUGCUUAUGCUGCUUAAAGCUUUUCUGCAACCCAGAGCAAAGUGACAGUAUCCUCUGUUCCCUGAGUCUCCUGCAAUGUGCUGACAGAGACAGAAGACUGUGAGAGAGGUGCCUGGACACGUGGCACAAAGGCGAGAGUGAUGGCCCAGUUGUUUCAGCAAGCCCUCCCUGGGCUUGCAAAUCUAGGCAUUUUGCUUAACCCAGACAGCCUUUUGCACCGGCCAUGGUUCCAAAGCAGGGGUCAUGGCCUUUCUGGGAUUGCUGAAAGGGAUGAGCAAGAUUGGAGAUGUGUGCAGGAGACUAAACACUGCAGGUGGGGGAGGAGCUGGGAUUCCGAGAAAGCCGUGGCUUCAGGAAUGUAGAAGCCAAGCAGGAAUGGCCAGUAACACCACCAGGAAGAUUUCGCAGGCAAUGUAAAAAAGGGAGGGGUGUGAUUUUGUAAUAGUGGAGAGGGAAGAAUGAGUUAGCAAAGAAGGAAGGGAGGGAGAGAGUAUAGAGUAGAGAUAGAGAACAGAAUGUGAGAGCUUUUAAAAUUAAGGUAUAGAAGCUUAAAGAGGGUGCCGGAUGUGAUGAGUUUGCAAAAGGAAAGAACAGAGAUUCUUCGUGUCUGUUCAAUGAGUAUCUUCUGCACCUCAAGCAUCAGUUUUUCUCCGGGGCGGAGUUGACUCAGGCACUGACUGAUGCUGCUAAAGGUGAGGCUAUGGAAUGUUAGGGCUAAAUAAAUCUCUCCCUUUUCUCCCAUGUAGGUGCUGGGGAAGUCCUGUAAACCUAUUCCAGGUACGUAGCCCCUGCGCUGGUAACCAGAACCAUGUUUUGUUCUUUGCAGAGCAACUUUGUGGUUGAGUUGAGCAUAUCGACAAAAUCUGCAUGCCUGCUGCUUGGUUUUGCUACGUUUGCUUCCCAGAUUCAGACUUCACCCCAGAAGUCAGAGUUAAGGACUGGAAUGGCAGGGAGGGGAGUUUAAAGGCUCUUGAGACUUUGCUGCCUGCCGUCUCUUUAAUGAGCCUAGAAUGGCAUGUUUAUCCUCAAACAGUCCUGAGUGGUAGGCCAGGCAGAGAGGUAAUGGCUUGCCUAAGCGCAGCCAGUGACUAUCCAACCUGAGUGGAAAUCUGAACCUAGAUUUCUCCCGUGUCGAAAGCAACCCCUCCAGUGCUUCACUUUCAGGUAUUGAUGCAUUCUGUCCCAUCCAUCAGAAGGAAUAGGUAGGUAGCAACACUUUUCAAACGAUGCAGCUGAAUGAAAACGGAAAGUGUGCUAAAUAUUAAAUAACCACAAGUCAAAUUAAAAGUGACCCUUAAUGCCACUCACCAAAAGCUACACCUGAGCAGCAAAGCGGGUGGUUUAAAGGCUCCAGAUACACCUCUGAAAGUAAAGGGUGGGCUGGAAGCCUCCUAUAGCACAGACUGUUCUAAGCUGCUUGGAGGGAAAGGUGGCUCAAGAUAUAACUAAUGAAACACAGCACCUAAUACAGUGCAGGUUCUUUUCUUUUUUAAAAAAAUAAAUUUAAUUAAAGUUUUUCAUGAACUACAAAGAACAUGCAACGUCUCUCACCUUUUUUUCUUUACAAAAACAUUGCAUACAGUCAAACCUCGGUUGUCGAACGUAAUCUGUUCCGGAAGCCGUUCAGCUUCUGAAACAUUCGACAACCGAAUCGCAGCUUCCGACUGGUUGCAGGAGCUUCCUGCACUCAAGCGGAAGCCGCGUCGGACGUUUGGCUUCCGAAAAACGUUUGAAAACUGGAGCAUUACUUCCGGGUUUUCGGGAGUCGAGGUUUGACUGUACUAAUAGAGUUUCUGCUACUACAGACACCCAUGGAGCCCUUAAGUAGGAACUGGCAAUCUGCAUAUCUUUUAGAAAUGCAGUGAUUCUCACAUGGAAUGGUGCACCGCAAUGGUGCAGCAGGAGAGGAUGGCAAGUAUGGCUGGAAAGUUCCAGGACAAUCAAAUAAACAUUUAAUUAGACCUGAUAUAAAUGAGAUUACCAAGCAUAGGCUGGCUCACGCCAGAGGGUCAUUUAUAAUUACAUUUUGGGGGUGAUUCAUGUUCUUAUGCAGCUGCAUUGUUUUAUACUUUCUGGAUGCUCCAGGAUCAUAUUAUAAAGUAGUUGUUUUCUAUGUUAUGAAUCAGGCACUGCUAGGGGUUCCUUUUUGUUUUCCAGUGUAUUUCUUACCAAUAAAUAGCUUGGUGUGGCGCGAGCAAAAUUUAUUCUGGAAGUGUGGCCCAGGGGGGAAAGUUUGAGAACCAUUGUGCUAACAGGGUUGGAUAAUUCAUUUUGGGUUCUCCCCACAGUUUGAUUCCUGGGAGGGAAGGGAGCCUGUAAAAGCCAAGCUAGGCAAUGCCAACCCACAUUUUGUAGCCCCUUGGGAUCCCUCCAGAUGCAGAUCUGCAAGCAUCUUUUGUUCAUUUGACCGGGGCCGUUUCCAAGGCCAUAUUCUCGCAGGACCAGGCAGAGACUCAGCAGGUUUGGAGCGUCACUUGGACUCAGUGUGACAGUUCCUGUUCUUGAGACUGGCCUGUGUCUCCUGCUCUUUGGGAAGCAACAUUGCCGCAGCAUGGAAGCUGAUGUCGCAGAGUCUGCAAAGGUCAACAGUUGGUUAUAUUUCCUAACAGAGCCACCCAGGGAUUCACCUUGCCCAUGGUUCCUUUCUUUCUAGUCAUGCUCCUGGGGGUGACGGUGCUAAGGAAGAAGUACCCCUUGUCCAAAUACCUGUGUGUCUUGCUGAUCGUCACAGGCGUGGCCCUGUUCAUGUACAAACCAAAAAAGGGAGGAGACAUCGGGGACGACCACCUCUUUGGGUAUGGAGAACUCCUGCUGGUAAGCCCCUGAGCAUUAGUAAGUCUGUGGCAGCAGUGGCAGGGUGCUCAAUUGGUGCUGGACGCAGCAGGAGGGGCACCCAUGCCUGGAGCAUUAAGCCACCCUUGUAGAAUAAGUCCACACAAGUUACCAGCCUGCCACUUCCUUCCUUUAUUAGCCUACUGGGGGCUAGCAAAGGAGAGAUAGUGAAGUCCAUACAUUUUGCAGCAGCCUGCUACAUUUCUGUGCUGGAUGCCCAAGAAGGGGGGCUUCUGUCCUCUGGCGACCCACUCAGUUUCUCUGCUGGGCACAGAGGAGGUAAGGAGUUCUCAGUCCCUCUGUGGCCAGUCCACUCACUCACUUGCAUGCAGUGCGCUCCCAGCACAUAAGCGGCACACAAAACACUAACAAACCAUUCUACGUUCUAAAUCUUAUAUUAAUAAUCCAAAAAUUGAGAGAGCUAUGUACAAGAUCUACUACAGAAGCCACAAACAGAAAACUCAUUCAGAUUGUGUCCAAAAGGAAGAUUCAGUCUUUAAAGGUUCCUUUAGCCAGGCUCUUGUAGAUAUCAACAAAGGCAAGUUAGAUCAAACGGAGUGUCGACUUAGUAAAUGAAUAAAUGCUUAAGUCAAGAGAGAACUUAGCAUAUGAAGUUGAAUGAAUGUAAAUACACCAAAAUCUUGAGAGAGAAUUUCCUGAAGAAAGAAAUUAAAUAUUAUAGCUUAAUCUAAGAAGAAAUGUAACAUAUGGACUUGAAUUUUUAUAAAUAUAUCAAAACCGUGAGAGAGAAUUUACUGAAGAAGCCCGAGACUCUUCAUGGGCGAAACAGGUGACAAACGCCGGCACCCUGUCUAACCCUUGAGCGUAACAUCACUGACACUUCGUUUGAUCAAACUUAUCCUUGUUGAUAUCUAACCCUUGAGCGUAACAUCACCAACACUCAGUUUGAUCCAACUUACCUUUGUUGAUAAGGGACGCAGGUGGUGCUGUGGGUUAAACCACAGAGCCUAGGACUUGCUGAUCAGAAGGUCGGUGGUUCGAAUCCCCCCGACGGGGUGAGCUCCUGUUGCUCGGUCCCUGCUCCUGCCAACCUAGCAGUUCGAAAGCACGUCAAAGUGCAAGUAGAUAAAUAGGUACCACUCUGGCGGAAAGGUAAACGGCGUUUCCGUGCGCUGCUCUGGUUCGCCAGAAGCGGCUUAGUCAUGCUGGCCACAUGAUCUGGAAGCUGUACACCGGCUCCCUUGGCCAAUAAAGCGAGAUGAGCACCGCUACCCCAGAGUCGGUCACGACUGGACCUAAUGGUCAGGGGUCCCCUUUACCUUUACCUUUACCUACCUUUGUUGAUAUCUACAGGAGCUGGUCUUCUACGAGAAUUGGCAGCAUAGGUUCAUUUCUUCAGCCCUGGAGCUCCCAGGCAUGUGCUUAAAUACAAGGCUGGCGUAGUCAGCCAUGCUGAACUGGGUGACGGUUAAUUUAUUAGCACACUUGGAGGGCUGACUGCAAAGGGAGUUUUCUCUGCCACGGGGCAGGGAACCUGUGGCCCUCCAGAUGUUGGACUGAAGCUUUUGGUUCUGCUCCACCUCGCUGUCCAGGAGCCUGGAUAGCUCCGUUGGUUAGAGUGUGGUGCUGAUAAUGCCAAGGUUGCGGGUUUGAUCCCUGCAUGGGACAGUUGCAUAGUCUUGCCUUGCAGGGGCUUGGACUAGAUGAUCCUUGGGGUCCCUUCCAACUCUACAAUUCCAUCAUUCUAUGACUCUUGAGAGGCUUCUGCGUGUUAAGGCCUUCAAUACCUCAAAGCUGAAUGGGACGCUCUAGUCGAUCACUUCUUGUCUAAGUCAUUUUCUAUGGGUUCUGAUCGUGCUCACAUUUCACCUAUAAAACACCCCUUUCUCCUCUAUUGGAGGAAGGGGGAAUCCUGUUUGGAUUGGCUCCGCCUACCUCUCCACUGGCAGGAAGUAAAAAACUUUGAGAGACUACAACUGGGGCUGGGACAACCCCUCUCUCUGGUUCAGCUUCCUUCCAGCUCCACUGCAGGUUGUUCUAGCCAGCUGCUCUAGGCAUGGCGAAAUAGAAAAGGUGGGAACGCCAUCUUGGAAGGGAUUUUUCCUUUGUUCUUCCUUUGUCUGUUCUUGGUUCCUUUUUCUGCUCCCUGGGCCCUCCUCUUCUGUCACAGCCUUUCCAGUCUGCGCCUGUCGCUGUCUACAAUCAUUGGGAAAUUGCAUGGGGAGCAUGCCUGGGCGGUACAGAAGAGCCCCCCCUUUGGGCCUACAGCAACAUGUGGGUGGUGGCAGGGGCUGGGGUUGGCAGGGGGCGAGGCAAACAAGGCACAUUCCCACUAUCCCGAUGCAUAGCAUCCUGAUGAAGCUGUAACAACUGAAAGAAGCUGCUGUGACGCAAGGGGUUUGCCUUGGAGAAGGGGCGCAUUCUUAAAGUGCGUUCAGAUUUUAAAGCAGGGUGGCUCACCUUUCUCAGCUGGAGGACCAGGCUGCUCCUUGCCACCCCUCCAGGAGCUGCGUGGCACAGGGCGGGUGUCGCCAACCAUAUAGGCCACACUCAUGCAUACAUGUGUAUACUCAAUAAAUAAUGGGUGCAAAAAGAUGGCUCCUCCGUCUUUUAUUAAUUGACUUUGUUUGGCAGUUGGGUAGCCCCAUAGAGUGAAAAUUGGGACGGGGAGAUUUAAAUUCAUAACCUGACUUGGUGGUGGGCUUCCCUCCCUGUGCCCUAAUCCAUACACUUAUGUGGAAGUGGAGACCACCUUACCACUUUGUAGAGUAGCUGUUGUCAUCAGUGAACACAAAUCUACUUUUUGUUUGAGGCUUUUAGGGAGGUCAGAGGGAGAUGCAGAAAAGGCAGGUAUGGAAGGCAAGGAGGCAGGAAUAAAUGUCUUGGAAGCUGUGCGUGUGACUCAGAGAUUCUUAAAUCUUCAUUAGUAACUGCCUGGAUGUGUUAGCUUUCCCACUCUAAAGGCUGGAUAUUGGCCUCUCCUUAAAGCUGCAGUUCACUGUUCUUGGAAAACACCACCCAUUUCUGCGCUGCAGAACCAGAUUUGGCAUAUCCGUGUUUGAGUGUUGGGUUUGUGGGGGAAUGUAUGUGUUGCUAAUCCCAUUGCUAAGCAGGUUUUGUUCAGCCCAGCGUGCCGUACUCAGCAGGCGUACAUGUGUGUGUGAUUUCUCCCUUUCUCACCCACCCUAGUUGCUAUCCUUGACCUUGGAUGGACUGACCGGAGUGUCUCAGGACCACAUGAGAGCUCAUUACCAGACUGGUUCCAAUCACAUGAUGCUGAAUGUCAAUCUGUGGUCAACUUUGUUCCUCGGAGCCGGUAAGCACUUUCUUGUGGCACAGGGAGCGGGGGGGAGAAGCAGGACGGCCUAGUUUGACCUCAGUAGCUCUGAUCUGCGCCGUCUGCACCGAAGACUAAAUGCAUGUGGCUGUACCUGCAAAACGGGGUGAAGGUCUAAGCCUGGUUAGUACACGAGCCUUGGAUACGCCAGAAUCCUUGUGGCAUGUAAGGCAUGGGGGUGUGCAUUUUCUUAUCCCAUUGAUGGAUAUAGUCUGUCCCGCUUCCUGCUCAUACACAAUAUGCCUGGGUCCAGUAAAUUCACCUGCAGGAACCUGUUUCCACGCCUAAAUUGCUGUUUGCUGAAUUAGGGCAAACCUUUCCUUGGUUGGCAGCUAGACUGCCCAGCAAGCCAGUUUAAAUAAACUGGAUAGCUCAGUCGGUAGAGCAUGAGGCUGUUCAUCUCAGGGUUGUGGGUUCAAGCCCUGCGUUGAGUGAAAUAUUCCUGCAUUGCAGGGGGUUGGACGAGAUGACCAUCGUGGUCCCUUCCAAUUCUGAAUAUGUUGACGGCUGCCUCCCUUGGGUUGCGACUGCUGUGCAUUUCUCCACAUGGCCAUGGAGUGGUGCUGAUGUCACCUGUAGGACUCCCCUUCCCAAAAAACCAUUCCUGUACGCAACUCACUUUUGCCUGGGGUCCCACUGCAGCUUGGCAGCAAUAGCCUGUUUCCGCCGUUUGGCGUCUCCCUCGUUCCAGCAACCUGGGUGGUUUCCACAUUCUGCUAGGCUUCCAAGAGUUAAACCUUUGCAGUUUGGCUCCCCCCCCCCCCCAUGCAAUUGUUAGACCUCUCCGCUGAGGCUGCCUUAGGAGAAACAGCUGAUAAUUAAUGAAAAGGAGCAGUCCCUUGCAGCCAAAGUAAUUUGGAGAAUGAUUGUUCCCCUGUAUAUUAUUUUAAAACAAGGCAGUGUGUUAAAAUGAAUUCCGUAGAAGCUGCAAAGGAAGCCGGUUGGCCUGUCGUCUUCAAACGAAUUAUUAAGUAUUAAACUGCGCAGUUUCCUUCUCCAGGUGAGUCAAGCCGUGGUCCACAGUGACAGGCAAAAAAACCCAAAAUACAGAAAACACCAGCCUUGCAGGGUUUGUUAGCCAAUCUAACCUGUGAGGAAGGGUCUUCCUGACUGGAAGAGGAAGGGUGAUCAGCCUGAAUGUGAGGUUCAGCCAGCAAUUUACUUUUGCUUUAUUUCUUCUUUCUCAAAUGCCAAUCUUUGACAGCACACCAGACCAUUCCUCCUGGCGGCACAUCCUUAACUGUGUCAUCUCUUGGUGGCCUUGGGGAAGCUGUCACCCUCCUGGUGCUCCUGGACUACAGCCCCCAUCAUCCCUGACCAUUGGCCAUGCUGGCUAAGGCUGAUGGGAGUUGUAGUUCAAUAUAAUAGUUGCUGUUGUUUAGUCAUUUAGUUGUGUCCGACUCUUUGUGACCCCAUGGACCAGAGCACGCCAGGCACUUCUGUCUUCCACUGCCUCCCGCAGUUUGGCCAAACUCAUGCUGGUAGCUUUGUGAACACUAUUCCAACCAUCUUGUCCUCUGUCGUCCCCUUCUCCUUGUGCCCUCCAUCUUUCCCAACAUCAGGGACUUUUCCAGGGAGUCUUCUCUCCUCAUGAGGUGGCCAAAGUAUUGGAGCCUCAGCUUCAGGAUCUGUCAUUCCAGUGAGCACUCAGGGCUGAUUUCCUUCAGAAUGGAUAGGUUUGAUCUUCUUGCAGUCCAUGGGACUCUCAAGAGUCUCCUCCAGCACCAUAAUUCAAAAGCAUCAAUUCUUCAGCAAUCAGCCUUCUUUAUGGUCCAGCUUUCACUUCUUUCAAUAUAAUAUGGUCCAGCUUUCACUUCUUUCCAAAAUAAUAGGGAGGGCCACAAAGUUUCCCACUCCUGGCCUAGAAGCUGGUCCCGGGAGGAUGGUGACGCUACCCUGUGAUUGGGACCUUUCCUGUCCCUUGACUCUGAGAUUUUAGGAGGCGGAGUCUCCAGCUGAUGGGCAGUGUUUGCAGAAACUGCCUUUUGACUCUGCUUUACCUGCCCCACGCUUGAUGUCAUGCAUCUGACUACCGGUGUAGGUGUGCUUGGCUGUCAGGGACUGGCAGGAUGCUGGUGAAUGUGCCAUGGGAGAAGCGGGGCCACAGUCUGACUUGGGAGAGGGGACAGUGGCUUGUAGGAAUCUGUAUCAGCCAGGAGGCAAGAAGCAGGGAAAGCUUCAGAGCUGGAGGGUGAAGCCACAGGAUGAGUCAGAAGAGGAGGCAGGUUGGGAAAGUGAAGGGGCAAGGGCUUCCCUACCCUCUUCAACACUGUCUCCCAGAACCAAGAGGGGGUUGAAAUGGGAGGAGCAGAGGAAGUUUCCACGCAGGCAUGGUCUCUGGCUGUGUGCACACAGUCCGUCGGGAGAAGGUACAUAAACCGGCGGAGGGGAAUUGGUCCCGUGUUGCUGCAACUGCUCCAUAGAGCGUGGACCUGGGAAUAGCUGCCUAGACGCUAGAUUGGUGUUUGUGGGUACCCAGAGUGACGGUGUUAUCUUUGACAAUAAAGACUUAACUAUCUGCUAUGUAGAACCAUUGAAUUGUAGAGUUGGAAGAGACCCCGCGGAUCAUCUAGUCCAACCCCCUGCAAUGCAGCUGUCCCUUAUGAGGAUUGAACCAGCAACCUUGGCAUUAUUGGCACCAUGCUCUAACCAACUGUGCUAUCCAGCUUUCCUUUGGCUGGGAAGCGCCUGUGACAUUGGCCAAGAUGGCCUUGCGAACCAAGUGGGGAGGCCCGGCGGGCCCAAUUUGAAUGCUUUACAUGCUGCCUUUGGCCUCCCUGGUACUGAAAAAUGGAGGUUUCUGCUCCAUUCAUUUUCUCUCUCCUGAAGGUGGCUGGAGGCUUUUGCAUGUGAUGGCAGAUGAGAAAACAUGGAGCAGCUAGGCAGGCACGUCGAAUUCAAAAGUAGCUCAUUGAGCAAGGAGCAGGAGGGACUGGUUUUUUCCUCUUCCAGACACUGCUUGCAGCGUUGCAGACUUACCUGUGAGCUAGACAGGACCUGUUUUCUUGUGGAACAGGAGAUGGUCAAGGAUGCAGAAUGCUGGUCGAAAGUGGAUGGAAAUACUUGGAGCCUGAAUUGCCUGCAGACAAGGCUGCCAUAGUUAAAAGUAGUUGUGAGGGAGUCUCCAGCCAUUUGGGCACAGGAAGAAGGACCGGGUGGGACUGAAACGGAAAGGAAUCACUUUGCAGUGUGUCUUUCAGGGGAUGGGAGAGGAUUCAGUGCUUUGAUUUCAUCCCAAUCCUUGCAGCUUAUUUAUAUAUUUUACAUAAUUUACAUGCUGUUUAUCUGUAUGUGUAACCUCUUAAGCAGUGCGCGCGCGCGCACACACACACACACACACACAAACCCUGUGUAUUUUGGCAGGUGUUCCUUUUGGAAGACGUGACAGCAGCCACUGAGGGAAAAAUCAGGGCUCCAGUUUCUGUGUUUUCAAGGAACCCAGCAUGCUCCCUUCCUAAAUGACAAAAAGUUCCUUUUUUUUGUAGUCUGGUCGCCAUACCAAAUAAAAAAGAGGAGGGCAUUUUUCUCAGGGCGAGUUAGGAGGAGAUUCCACCAUAAUGUGUUUCCAGGUAUUAUGAACAGGAGCAGCACCUCUGCUAAUGUCCAUAUCACCAAAAAGCUUGGGAAAGGGAUAUGUUUGUUCAAGAAGAGCCUGCUCCCCUGUUCUUCCGCAGCACACUUCUCUCAUUUUCACUGAGGAGCUGUAGAGUGUUAGGCUUUGUGAAGUGUAAGUAACUGUUCUGGUUAGACGUAGCCUUAUCCUGCAAGCUCUUUCAGGGCCGCCUGCCUGUUUUUACCCCCUGCCUGAGUGAAGGGAAGAUUGAGCUGUAAGCAUAAAUAAAUGUUUUGCCUAGGAAAGUUUAAAGACACUUAGUGGCUGAAGUUGGGGGGAAAAGGAGAGAGCUGAAUUCUAAACAAACAUGUGAGAGAACACCCAAACUACCGUUAGAAUCAGAAUGCUUUUAUAUGGUCUCUAUUUCAUCUUUUAUGAUCACACAAACAAACACAAAUUACUUUGAUUCAUUCUUAUAAACUCCUGCUAUUGGCGAUUUAGAUUUUUCUCUAUAUCGUUUAUCUGUUUCUGGUCUGUGCCAGAAUGGAAGACAUAUAUCUGUGGACCCUGCAUACACUGCCUCAAGUUUAAUUACGGAAGAAAGAUGGGAAGAAAUAUUUAGAAAAACAAUACGUACAGAUGCGUGUGAACACAGCUGCAGUUACCUUUCUGGCAUAUUCCUAAUGCACGCCUAAAACACACAAAGACAACAGUUUCUUCCAGGUCCAAAGUUCUCCCCAGGCAGUAUUUUAUGGUUUUGAACCACCCGAAUUCGGUGGUUGAAUAUUGUCAGCUGGCCAGUCCCAGUCAAGUGAGACCGUUUAGCCCUGUAGAUUGCCGGCCUGAUCCAUCACAGCAGUUGGAGCCAGAUAACUUUGAACGCCUGCUGAUUAAAGCAGACAGAGGAGAGCACAUUCUAUUUUUCUAAACAUGCCCCCUCCCUUUGCAGGUAUCUUGUUUACAGGAGAGCUUUGGGAAUUCUUGAGUUUCACCGAGCGUUACCCCAGCAUCAUCUACAACAUCCUCCUCUUUGGCCUGACAAGCGCCCUGGGCCAGGUGAGUGGCGUGCAUUUGCUAUUCUGUGCAUUUCUUCAUUUUAACCAGCCCAGGAUGUGUGUGUUAACCCUUGCUCUGUUCUCAAGGCGUUUGGCGAAAGGUAGGAUAAAGUCUGCUGCUUGAAGUACAUGGAUUUCCGGGUAGGUUGUUCAUGGGACUAUUUCCAGAGUGAGAAGCCCUUCCCAGGAUGCGCUUCACCACCAUAGAGCAAACUCUAGGUUAUCCUGAUAGGAUUUCCCACUGCUCAUGAAAAAGAUCUUCCUGUACAUGGGUAGGCAAGGGUCUUUGCCUUCAUCAUGUGAAUCAGGAGGGGACGAUCUGUGUAUCUUCUCCCAUUGGUUCUGUGCACUACAGAUACCUUUUAACUCCUGCAGAUGGUUCCCAGAGACUGCAGCUCAGGCCAUUUUGUGGGGUGUUCUUAAGGCUCUGCCUCUUCCUCCUGUCCCUGCAGUCUGACUUUGACGCUUUGCUGGCAAAGAAAAGACGUUCUGCGUGUGCUCGGAGGGGCCAUUCUCUUGCAUGUUCUGCAGCUGGGCUUUCUGUCAUCUUCGCCCCUUUCACCUAGAUCCCUUUUGCUCUGACGUGCAAAUCAACAAGAGAGUGCCUUUUGCCUUUCUGCUCCCAUGCUGGGUUCAGAAGCCACCCAUUUGGCUCCUUGCAACGUGUGGGAAUCGCAUCCCUGCUUUUCCUCUUUGCUUGGACCUCUCUGCUUCAGCAGCAAGGCUGCUGCCACGUUCCCUAAGAGGGAGCGGAGGACACAGCCUCUGAAAAAGGAAACACUGCCCAAAUCUUUUUUGGCCUAGGUGGGUGAAAAGCAGCACUACGUCUUCCCAGUACUCCAAGGGGAAAGGGCCAUGUAACCCACUGUUGCGUCCGGUCACGUGCAAACUCGACAGCGCAGGGGCACGUCCCGCAGCAAAACCACCUGGGAGGAUGCAAAAUCUGUGUUGCUGUUGUUUGUUCCCUCGCUGAUGGCAUUUUACCAUUGUACUGUGGAGAGUGUAUUAACUUAUGGUCUGUGUGUAUGGUUUGGGAGCUGCACGGCCAGGGAGAAAACAAUUCUGUCCAGGAUUGUAAAGACUGCAGAGAGAAUAAUUGGGUGCACUCUUCCCACCUUAGAUCAAAUCUAUGCUGCCAGGUGCCAUAAGAAAGCUGCAGAGAUAGUGCAGGAUAGUACACACCCUGGAAAUUAUCUCUUUCAGCUUCUGCCUUCUGGAAGAAGGUAUAGGGUUAUAAAGACCAGGACUAGCCGCCUGAGAAACAGUUUCUAACCAAAUGCAAUUCUGGUUCUAAACACAGCAUAAGGAGUCUCUAUAGUAUAUUGUAUUUUAAAAUGGGGUUUCAGAGUUUUUAGGGGUUUUUUUGAAUGUCUUAUGUAGAUUUUUCAAUUUCAUUGUUCUGUAUGGGACAGUGACAAUAAAGAUACCUUAUCGUAUCAUAUCGUAUCGUAUCGUAUUGUAUCCAGCCUGACUGCGCAUCUGCCCCUGUCUCAUUGCAGAGUUUCAUCUUCAUGACUGUGGUAUACUUUGGGCCCCUGACCUGCUCCAUCGUCACCACCACCCGCAAAUUCUUCACCAUCUUGGCAUCGGUCAUCCUGUUUGCCAAUCCGAUCACCGGCCUGCAGUGGGUGGGCACCAUCCUAGUAUUCCUUGGUAAGUUUCGGCUCCAUUUGUUUCUGGGGGAGUUUUGACUCCGUUUCCAGCAGCUCAGUCGGUAGAGCAUGGGACUCUUAAUCUCAAGGUCAUGGGUUCGAGACCCACCUUGGAGAAGCGAUUCCUGUAUUGCAGGGGGUUGGAACAGAUGACCCUUGCGGUCCUUUCCAACUCUGCAAUUCCUAGCAAAACUGCCAAAGCGGUCCUGCAAAGUCUGGUGCUUUAAGUGGCAUUUCCUGUUGGGAGGGGCAGCCUGGCUAGUCCCUCCCUGUGAGGGUCUGUAGGCAGGACGAUGCUAUCCUUUUCUCCUCUCCAUUCAUUGGGGAGGUAGGGGGCAGGGAAUGGUUUUAUUAUCAAUUUUAAAAAAUCUAUUUACAGAUUCCCAGGGUGGCAUCCAAUUUAGAAUAACAAAAGGCAAUAAAAAAUUUCCAUAUAAAGCAUUAAAUACACGGGAGCAGUAGCCAUAAAAUCAAUAAAAUCCAUGCAGAGCUGUAAAGACAAUAGUAAAACCCAUUAUAAAAUACACUGGAAGGCCUGGGCAAAUUAAGAGGCGGGUGGGAAUAUUUGCCUGGCGCUGUGUAAUGUCAAGCUUCUCCAGGAAUUGCAUUCUUCUGACUACAAAGUGCCACAACCAGCACCCAACCUGCACCUUCCGUGGGCACCAGAGGUAGGGGAGGUCAUCUGAUGAGCAAAUGAUCUGGGCCGAUUCCCCAGGGGAAAAUUUUUUUGGGUUUUAGUUUUUGGUUAUGUCGCCCAGAAAGCAGAAAAGCUUUAAGGUGAGUUUUUCAGGGGGGACAGGGGAUUAUUUAUUUACUUAUUUACUUUGUUCAGAAAGCAUUUUUAAGACAGGACCAUCUAACUGGGUCUUGUCCACAGCUGUUUUAUUUAAUUGCCACGAUGCUCUGUAAAAUCAAGGAUUGCUGGGGAGAGUCUGCUGCUGGGCAGAGGGAACCGCCACAAUGUAAGCCCUGCUGCACUCUCACCAGCCAGGGCAAAAAGUCGGGAGGGAGCAAGUUUGUGCAUUCCCCACCUCCCCUCGCUUACUAGCAAUGGGAGGGAAAGUGGCCAGAGGCCAGAGGGCGUUGGAUCCAAACGCAACCAUGAUGCCCCCAGAGCACCCUGUUACCCUUUCUACAUAGAGGACAGGUCUGCAACAGUGAUGCUUCAUAGCUCCUCUGCAGAGGCUGCUUUCCACGCACGUCACACUCCAAACACAGGGAAUGAGGUUUGCAGCAUCCUGCAGGCCCUCGGCUGCUCCCCAAGGGAGCACUAGAUGGUUCUCUUUCCCAGAUUUUGGUUCCUAAUAACAAGCCACGUGAAUAUAUAUUGGUAUAGAAAAGGAGGCUAUCAUAGAAUGAAUAAUGAAAAUACAGUGGUGCCCUGCAAGACGAAUGCCUCGCAAGACAGAAAACCCGCUAGACGAAAGGGUUUUUCGGUUUUGAGUUGCUUCGCAGGACGAAUUUCCCUAUGGGCUUGCUUCGCAAGACGAAAAUGUCUUGCGAGUCUUGAGAUUUUUUUUUCGCUUUUCCCCCCCUUUAUCUAAUCCGCUAAGCCUUUAAUAGCCUUUUAGCAGCUAAUCCGCUAAGCCUUUAAGCCUUUAAUAGCCGCUAAACCGCUAAUAGCGCUAAUCCGUUAAGCCGCUAAUAGGGUUGCUUCGCAAGACGAAAAAACCGCUAGACGAAGACUCUCGCGGAACGGAUUAAUUUCGUCUUGCGAGGCACCACUGUACAGUGGUACCUUCGGUUAAGUACUUAAUUCAUUCCGGAGGUCCGUUCUUAACCUGAAACUGUUCUUAACCUGAAGCACCACUUUAGCUAAUGGGGCCUCCCACUGCUGCCGUGCCGCCAGAGCACGAUUUCUGUUCUCAUGCUGAAGCAAAGUUCUUAACCCGAGGUACUAUUUCUGGGUUAACGGAGUCUGGAACCUGAAGCGUAUGUAACCCGAGGUACCACUGUAGGACCUUCUGUCCUAUAGACUACUGUGGUCAGAGAGAAGGUCUCAGCUCCUGGUUGUGCUAGUCGUGUGAACCACGUGUGUAUAUAUUCAUAAUGUAUAAGCAUAAAUGUGCAUUUUUGUGCUUGGAGAAAGAGAGAGUGUGUCAUUCCAUAAAAUAGUUGGAGGCUGCAUGCUAUUUAUUUAUUUAUUUAUUUAUUUAUUUAUUUAUUUGAUUAAUUGAUUGAUAUACCACCCUUCAUCAUAAGAUCUCAGGGCAGUUCACAGAAUAAAAUACAGGAUAAAAGCACGAAAAUGAAUAAAACAAAACAGCAAAACAUUACCCCCCACCCCUUUGCACAGACACAUUCAAAAGACUGGAAUACUAAUCAGCCAAAGGCCUGGUUGAAGAGGAGCAUUUUCUCCUGGUGCCUAAUAUAUAAUAUAUAUAUAUAUAUAUUAUAUUUAAAUUUAUACUAUGGAUUGCAAAUGGCCCCACCCACAAAGAAGGGGAAGGUGUAUGCAUGCUUGGACAGGGGUGGGGACCCAGAGAUAUACGGACUUGCAUUCAAUUUCUUAAAAACUGCAGAGGAGACGACAAAAAAAACCAAAUGGAAAUGAAAUGACUGCAUGUGUGAACUUGUGCAGGGGGAAAUGAGAGGAGGAAGGAGCUUAACGGUUACGGGGUCGGUCAGCUCAAGCAGCCUGCACACAACGCGAGUCACGUUUUCACCAUCCCUACAAAAGCAGGGAGCUUUCCUGUUUGAGGCUGCCUCAAACAGGAAGCGUCAAAGGUGCCAGUUUUGCCUUCUGAGAGCCAGCAUGGCUCUUGGGGAGUAAUUGGCCGGCAGGGGCAAAGGCAGAAGCACUUCUCUCUCCCAUUCAUUGUAAAUAAAAUCUCGCACACCCACAGGAACGACCUAUCUGCUGUGAGAAUAGCCUCUUAAAGCCGUAUUCCCCUCUUGUUUCUCUGCAGGACUUGGACUGGAUGCCAGAUACGGGAAAGCGUCCAAGAAAACCUCACAUUAAGACAGCAGUGGGUCCUUCUCUUGGAAACCUCAACCUGAACAAACUGUUAACUUAUUGUCUUACUCCUCAGCACUUAUCGGAUAUGGACUCGUGCUUUGGGGGAGAGGGGGUUUUAUGGGAGUGUGGGCAGGGCAUUAGUUUGGUGCGGCUCCAAGAAACUUGGAAUAUUUUUUUAAAAGAGAAAUCAAAGGUUUUGUUUUAAUUGAAAUCAACAACGUGAAGGUUUCCACGUGUACUGCCUCCUCCCCUCUGUGCCAGGAAUCGAAGCUGAGGUUGGCAGGCGGCAAAAAAGAGAAGCAAUUGACGAAAGGAGAGGAGCCCUUCAUAAUAAAUAAAAGGAGGAGAGAUUGAGAGAGA